UAGUAGCCGGAAGUCAGCUUGGCUCUCUGAAAGCAGAGAGGGCAUAGACGGUUACAUGUGUUUCACUUACUGCUUUCUUGUGUUAAAAUAUUAUCGAAAAUGCCUCGCAUUUACGUAAUAAACAAGAACUCGGUGCUACAACGAUGUUACUAGAUGUUGCAAGUCAAAGAAAAAAGAAGCUACGGUGUCGAUACGACGAAUAAGAAGAAACAUUAGGGCGUACGGGUAUAACCAUAAAAGAAGAUAAGUUUCUCCCGGUAUUCUACUACUUUUCUUCUACUUCAAAUUGUCUCAGCACUUGUGAUAGAUUUGUCGAAUCAUUCAUGAAACCGGCGAAUACUUGUGUUAUUUUAAACUUCGUCGUAGUUGGAAAGUAAGGAUUGUUAUUCCAUUAAGUUCGUAAAAAAAGUCAAAAAAAGCGAAAGAUCUGAGGAAGGAAUAACACGUUGAGAAAUAAAUUGGGGGAGAGAGAAAAAAAGAGAGAAAAUUAAAGGUGGGACAACCCGUUUCCUCGUGUUUUUGUCUCCGCGCGGGCGAUUCAAGAUGGCGGCUAAAGUGGUCAGCAGCAGCGCUCAGGGAAGCACUGAGCGAGAGGAGGGGGGUUCUGGUGUAUCCUACGCUAGCGUAGUCAAUCCCAAAGCAGCCUCGAACGAGGCUAAUACCGCUAGAGUAGUUUCCUCGAAUAAAGGAAAUAAUAAAGAAAAUAUAGGAGGCCAAAUUGCAACUCAGCAAUCCAAUGGAUCUAAAGAGCGCAUGGUUUCCCAAAAUUAUGCUGCCAAAGGUAAAUCGUAUCAGAGGACUGGAAGAAGAUUUGCCACAUCCACGCAACCACAGCAAGCGCAGCAACUUAGAGUAGAUAAGAGUCACGAGUUACAAUUAAGUAGCAACGUAUCGGACAAAUCUUCCACAAUUAAAGAAACCGAGCAACGGUCUCAACCUCAAGCAGAUGUAUCUACUGCGCCAAUAUUAGAACAAGAUAAAUUAAAUAAUGGGGAUAUUGGAAGCGAUGGAGAGUUUCAAACCGUUGCUCCUAAGAGUGCUCGGAGGAAAGAAAAAUUAAGAGAACACCAACAAAAAGAUCACGGUGAUCGCCAUCGACAUAAGGAUCACAGAAAAAGACUGCGUGGGCUUAGCGACUCUAGCAGAGAAAGAAUGACAAAGGACAAAGAACGAAUUGAUAGAAAUGGUAUGGAACAUACUAUUAACAAUAAGGAAAUUAAUAAAGAUAAGGAUACUAAGGAAGACAGUCAAGCCCAAACAUCUGCCCCAAAGAAGUACGUAGAGGCUCCCUUACCUAGAGUCAAUGCUUGGACUAAAAAGAAGCCUCUUCAAUCCUCCGUUCAACAACCUGUAACUACUUCUAGCACUACGGACAAACCUGUUACAAAGGAGAAAAGAAUAUUACAACCUCAGCAGCAGCGCGCACAAGGGUUAAUAGAAAAUGGAUCAUCAAUCUCCGCCGAAUCGUCGAAACCAGCGAUAAUUAAAGUUAGCAAAGAAAAGAAGAAAAUUAAUGCAAAGGCGAGCGAUUUUACGGAUAUCGGAGAUUGGCCAACGUUGGGACCUCAAGAUAAAAAGACGACGACUGCUAUGACAAUUCAAAAAUCAAAUGGUGUUACCGAGCCAAGUAAUACUAAAGAAAUUAGUGGGCACUCGAUUGAAAUAAAAUCCAAAGAAAAUAAAGAGCAGCAUAAUCAUUCCCUAGACGACAGCGAUGAACUCACGGACAACGGUAAUGAUAAAAGAAGAAAGUUUAAUAAACAGAAAUGGGUUCCCCUCGACAUAGAUAUCACCAAAAAUAGAGGAAAGAGGGAACGUUCGCCGAGAUACAACCCUAGAGAUAGAUACAACGAAGAUGGAGAAGCCUGGAGAGAUAAGGAAUACGAUAGGUCAGGAUCCAGUAUUAGGGGUGGCCCGUAUACACGAAGUGGCCGAAGCUUUAGGGGUAGAGGACGUGGUGGACGUGGUGGCAUUACGUCUCGUAAUAAUUUUAGGCAUAGAUACGAUAACGAUUAUUCAAAUUAUGACGUAGAUUACGUGAAAUAUGAGAAUCAAGAUUUAAAUCAAGAUAAAUCAAGAUAUAUAGCGCCGUCAUACUUAGGAACGAUGUUUUAUGAUAAUAAUUUUAUUGCACCGAACUCCAUUCUUCAAGAAUGUAUAAGAAAGCAAAUAGAAUACUACUUUAGCGAAGAGAAUCUAUUACGUGAUAUUUAUUUGAGACGUAAAAUGAAUAAAGAAGGAUUCUUGCCCAUUGCAUUGAUAGCAUCCUUUCGUCGGAUUCAAAGCAUGACAGAGGAUUUGAAUUUAGUAGUCGAUUCUAUUGUGAAAUCGGAUAAAUUGGAAUUGACUCAAGGAUACAUGAUAAGAACCAGAAUCGAUCCAUUGAGAUGGCCUUUACUGGAUCCAAUUGGCAAUUCAACUUGUACUGAUCCACAAAAUGAAAAAAUGAACGAGUCUGAAUUUUACCCUUGUUCGAAAUCCAUGAUAUCGGUCACUGAUGCGCCUCCACCUCAGCAAAUCUAUCAAUCUAGUUACAUUUCACAAUCGGCAAUAGAAGAAAUAAUGAACGAAACCGAAAAUAUCUUAAUGACUAUGGGUGGUGAUAGUCUUAAUCCGAAUGUGCCUGAAUUUGUACCCAUAGACUUAUCAAGUAAAUUAAUUGCGAGUAAACAAGUAAAUCUGGAGGAAAUUGAGGAACCGAUAAACGAAGAUAAUUUCGUUAAAACGGUCUUUGAUAUAGUCGAUGGAGUACCAAUAACUUCUACACUUUUUGGGCCGUUGAGUAAUGAAUUGUCUCCGCUAUCGACUAACGUAUCUAGUAGCAGCGAAUCACCGAUCACUUUGAACGAUAAAACGCAUACUGAGGAUUCUUCUUCAGAGAAAGUACAAAUCAACAAUGAUAACGUACAAAUCAAAGAUGAGAAGGCACCAUCGCCUUCUUCCUUCAAAUCCGAUAACACUUGGAAAGAGGUCAAAAGAAGAACAAAGCAUUCGCAUAAAGAUGGAGUAAAAGCGUCUGAGGAAAAAGGAAAAACUAGUAGUGGUAUUCGUAAAAAUGAGCAACGAGAGGAAUUAGAAUUUCAAUUUGAUGAAGAGUUGGAUACACCACCUCCAACUGGACGGCACAAUGCUUUUUCUGAAUGGUCGGAAGACGAGGAAGAAGAUAACGAAUUAUCAGACAGAGAUAUUAACAAAUUGUUAAUAGUUACGCAAAUGACCGUUCCUAAUUCAUCAAGAUUACCUAAACACGAAGGGUAUGAUCGUACAGGUGAUUGGACAACUAGAGUCAAAAUGACUCAGGAUCUCGAACAAGCAAUCAAUGAUGGAUUACGUUAUUACGAAAAGGGUUUAUGGAGUCGGGAUGGGCAAAGGUAUGGAUCGUCAUCCUCUAUUAACAAUUACAAGACCGUCAAUGUAAUCAGUCAAGAGGAUUUUGAAAAAAUGGCACCGAAACCUCCAAGGAAAGCCAAUCCUGAAGUUCCACCACCGCCACCGUCUGCCGUUGAGGAAGACGACUUGGAUAUUUCGCAGUCUCCUCCGAUUCAAGUUCUUACUUCUUCGGAUAGCUCGAAUAAAAAAGAAAAAAUGAAUGAGAAGAAUUAUUGGAACGAUCAAGCAAAAAAUGAUAUAAAUGGAAGACGAGGUACAGUUCCAAGAUUCUUCGCAGUCGUGAAAGACGAAUCAUCGGUUGAUUUGAGAACCCCACGUAAACGAAAGACUCGACACAGCAAUAAUCCUCCCGUUGAACAUCACGUUGGUUGGAUAAUGGAUGUUAGGGAACAUCGUCCGCGUACUUACUCUACUGGAAGUAGCGCUGGAACGAGUCCUAGUGAGUCUUUUCUCGCCGGUAGUUGCGGUAGCGUUCCUCAAUCUUUGCCGACAUUCCAACAUCCAAGUCAUGCCCUGCUGAAAGAAAAGGGAUUUACUCAACAGGUCUAUCACAAAUAUCACUCGCGCUGUUUAAAAGAACGGAAAAGAUUAGGGAUCGGACAAUCUCAAGAGAUGAAUACGCUCUUUCGUUUUUGGUCCUUCUUCUUGCGACAAAAUUUUAAUCGUGCCAUGUACGAGGAAUUUAGAAAUUUAGCCAAAGAAGAUGCCUUAGAAGGUUACCGUUAUGGACUCGAGUGUCUAUUUCGAUUUUAUAGUUACGGUCUGGAGAUCAAAUUCAGAUCUAUGCUGUAUCAAGAUUUUCAAUUUGAAACGAUAGAUGAUUACGAGCGUGGUCAAUUGUAUGGCUUAGAGAAGUUUUGGGCUUUCUUAAAAUAUUAUAAAAACUCUGCCAAUCUUUACAUCGAUCCGCAAUUACAAGAAUAUUUGUCCAAAUUCAAUAGCAUCGAAGACUUUAGAGUCGAAGAGCCUCAAAUUAAUGAGAUGCUUCAAGGAUUUUCGAUAAAUGCUCGAUCACUUGGAUCGAAAAAACGUAAUAGAAGCCUUUCCGAGAGUGGAAGUGGAUAUGUAGAUGUAGGUGCAGGUGCAGUUGCAGUCCCAGGUGCAAGUGGAAGUGCAAGUGGGAGUAGUGUCGUCGAUAGUGCUUCGAUAAAUAGAGUCAGACGAUUCUCGGGUGAUUCUUGUGCAGUUACAUUAGCAACAACUUCUAAUAACGAUGCUAUUAACAAUCAAAAGAUACGCAUGGACAUGGGUAAUAAUUCAUCGCAUGUUCGUAGUAGAGCAUGUUCUUUCGGUUCUGGAAGGAUGGGACAUUCAAGACGAAAAAAUGAUUCAGGUGCAUCGAGUAGUAGUCAGCGUGAAGUAAAUAAUAAACAGCAUCAAACAAGAAGUAGACCUAAUUCUUGUUCUCUCUCUAAUAAGUCUUACGAGACGAGUAAAGUUUUAAGCACUGCCAAAAAUCAAUCUACUAACAAGAACGAACAAAAGCCUUGAACUUGAAAUACUUCAUCGAUGAAUUAGAUAGAGAUGAUCAAUUUAUUUAUACCGUAUCUAUGAAGCAUCAUUUUUUUCUACUGAAACAUCGAUGAAGGAAGAAAAGGUGAGAAUUAAUUCCAGAUAUAUUAUUUCUAAUUGACUAUUUCACUGUUGUCAAUUUUGUAUGUAUGAUUUUUCAAAAGGACAAAUUAAAGAGAAAGGUAGGGGGAGAGAAACCUUUUUCGUUAAUUAUUGUCUAAGAUGACGAAUAAAAUAAAUUAUUUAUUUGGACAUAAUGAAAUCUGUUCAGAGAUAUGAGAACUUUGUCAGUUCGUUGCUAAGCCAACCAAGGAACGUGCUGUGAAAAAUAUAAUUGAAAGGUUCCGGCGUAAUUUUGAUGAAACUUCCGCUUGUAAAUAUUUGCCGAACACCGUUAUUAUAUAUUGUAUAUGCCUUUCUUGUGUUAAAUUGAUUAAUACGAAUUAUAAUGAAGAAGAAGAAAAAAAACUAAAAAAAUUUACAGAACUUUCACUAGAAGAUUUCAUCUAAAUAAUGACGAUUGAGAAAAACAUGCAGUGGUAGUAUCUGCAUAUUUAAGAACAGUUACUAUUUAUUAUUAUCACUAUAACUGUUACUUCUAGUGAUGCUAUUACUAUUAUUCUUAUUAAUAAUAAUAUUACUAUUAUUGUUUGUACGCUACAGUCUAUAUUACAGAAACUGUACAUACACAUGAAAUAUGAUAAAAAUGAAUUGUUUAAUUCUUAAAAAUAUUAAGGGACACACACAAUACUUCCUAAAAUAAUUGAAGUUAUAUUAUUAUUAAUAUAAAAAAAUGAUUACUAUUAUAAUAAUCGAAAGCUAUAAGAUUAGGAAAAUAAUAAUUGAUAUAUAUGUUAAUUAACUGUAUUUAAUUUAUAAUGUAUAUUAGAAAAAAAAAUAAUUUUAUUUUUAUGCGAUGCCGCUUAUGAAUCAGAAUAUUUAAUAGUACUAUUAUUUUUAUCUAGUUACACACAAAGAGAAAAUGAGUAAAGAAAAAUAAUUGUUAAAAUGUUUACAUAUAAAAAUAAUAUCACACGUUUGUAUAAUCGCUUAGCAACGCAAAAAAUGAAUGGAAGCUGCAGGUUUAUAAUCUUAAUCGAUGUUAUUUUUAUUUGUAAUUUCUGUUUUUUUUUUAUGUAAUCAUAUAAUAAUCCCAAUAGGAAUUUUUAUUUUAUAUAUAAUUUUUUCUUCUUUUUUGUCUUAAUAAUCCUUAGCAUUCGCGUUUACAGUGAUAUGUAUAUAUUAUUGCUAGACAAAAUUUUGUAUACAGGCAUACAUUCAUUCAUACAUAUAUACAUACAAAGAUUACAUAUAAUAACAAAGGAAAAGGCAAGUAGAUAAAAAAAAAAGAUAUUUAAAAUUGCCAAAUAUAUAUAUACAAGUUUUUUCCUAUAGGUACUAAGAAGAUUAUUAUUCUAAAGUGCGUCGAACGAGUAUACUAUCGAAAUGUAUGCCGAAUUUCGAGCCUAUAGUAUAUCAUUUUUCAUGAAUUUUGAUUUUCAUUGUUUCAACGAAGUUCUUUUAUUAUUUCAACAAAUUUUAACUCUCACACGUAACACGUACAAAAGUUCUUCGUUGUGAUAGAUAACUUUUAUUAAACUACACGACCGAUUAGAUAGAAAAAAUUGAAUGUUUCUAUAACUAUAUUGUUUAUUUGUUAAUUAUCAUUUACACAGGUCACAUUUUAUUCGCGAAUUUCGUGCAAUGACUUUUCAAAUAGAGAGAGAGAGAGAGAGAGAAACAAUUUACGUGAAUCACUGCCGAUAGAAAAAAAUAACUCGUUCGAAU